AUGAAAGAAGAUCGCAAAGUACCGAUUCCAAGGCUGUUUAGAGAGAGAAUAGUUCUCGAAAACUUAAGAGAUGAGGACAUUGUAUCCAGAUAUCGUUUAAGUAGGGGCGGUAUAGAGCGUUUGGUGGUUUUGAUUGGGGAAGAAAUAGCACCAACUUGCCGGCGAUCUCAUGCCAUUGAUCCCGUCACACAGAUUUUAGCAUCAUUGAGGUAUCUUGCUAAGGGAGAUUUUUACUCGGAAGUGGGUGAUAUCCACGGAAUAAGCAAGUCGAGCUUCUGUCGGAUUUUACAGAAGUUCAUCUCAGCUGUAAAUCAAAAGUUGAAAAAUAUCAGAUUUCCACAAGGACCAGCUGUUCUGCUUGUCAAGCAAGAAUUUUUCAGAAAAUGUCAGCUGCCAAAUGUAGUUGGGGCAGUCGACGGGACCCUUGUACCCAUUAUCAAACCUGCUGAGGCUGAAGAGGCCUAUGUGUGCAGGAAGGGGUUCCAUGCCAUUAAUGUACAGGCUGUCGUUGACGCCAACAUGAGGUUCACAGAUGUCGUGUCAAGAUGGCCUGGUGCGACUCAUGAUGCUGCGGUGUUUGAUAGCAGUGGCGUAAAGGAAUAUCUGAGCACCAAUGAUGUGGGUCAUCUGCUAGGGGAUAGCGGAUAUCCAUUAAGGACCUACCUCAUGACCCCUGUACCUCAUCCCUCCAAUGAUGAUGUCUGCAUCGCACUGGUGGAUGCUUGCCUUUCCAGCCUAAUAAGUGCUGCGAAAUUGCAACAGUUUGCAUGCGCCUGCACAACCUGUGCUUGGAAUUAAACGUCCCUCUGAUAGACGAAGAAGUUGGGGACGAGAUUGAGCAGGAGGUUCCAAACAAUGCACCAGUGCAGGGAGCAGCAGUCAACAAGAGGCAGCAGCUGAUUGAACUGUUUCGUUAAAUGUUAGUUCUUUUAUGCCCCCCCCCCCCCCCCCCUUCGAAGAAGAAGGGAUAUAUUGUGACGCGCUCUGAGACAUAGACAAAACAAGUCUUAAAAAUGUGUGUUAAUUAACAUCUGAUAAAGACAAAACAAGUCUUAAAAAUGUGUGUUCAUUUACAUCUGAUAAAGACAAAACAAGUCUUAAAAAUGUGUGUUCAUUUACAUCUGAUAAAGACAAAACAAGUCUUAAAAAUGUGUGUUCAUUUACAUCUGAUAAAGACAAAACAAGUCUUAAAAAUGUGUGUUCAUUUAAAUCUGAUUAAGACAAAACAAGUCUUAAAAAUGUGUGUUCAUUUACAGCUGAUAAAAACAAAACAAGUCUAUACAAGGGACAAAAUUGUCACAAAACCAGGUUUUCAUUGUGAAAAAAAAAUCUGAUAAAGGGAGAAAACUAAAACUGAACUUUUGAAAUGAACAAACAAAAUUAACCCCCUUUGUAAGUUUGUUUUAAAAAAAAAAUCUAUUUUUAGUCGUGGCGACCUUGACAUUGGAGAUAUUGACGUGAUUCUUUCGUGCGACACACCGUCCCAUGAUGGUGAACAAAUGUGCCAAAUGAUUUUAAAAUCUCACAAUGAAUGACAUAGUUAUGGCCAGGACAAGCUCAUUUAUGGCCAUUUUUGACCUUUGAACUCAAAGUGUGACCUUGACCUUGGAGAUAUCGACGUAAUUAUUUCGCGCGACACACCUACCAAUGAUGGUGAACAAAUGUGCCAAAUGAUUUUAAAAUCUGACAAUGAACGACAUAGUUAUGGCCCGGACAAGCUUGUUCCGCCCGCCUGCCCGCCAGCCAGCCAGCCAGCCAGCCCGCAUUCGCAAAUCUAAUAACCAGUUUUUUCCUUCGGAAAAUCUGGUUAAAAAUGUGUGCUGAAUGAUUUCUCAGAGAAAAAGGGUUAAAUACAUAUGCGUCAAGUGUCGUUCAAGAUUUCAAAUGGGCGCAAUAGGGGGCAAUGUGUUUCUGACAAACACAUCUCUUGUUAUACUUAUAAAAUUGAAAAUUUGUUAAAGUUUUGUGUUUAGGUUCUUUUUAUUCCUAAAGUAUCAAAGCUAUUGCUUUCAUACUUGCAACACUUACUAACUAUCAUAAGGGGACUGUGCAGGCAGUUAUGUAACUCUGACUAGCAUUUUGACAGAAUUAUGGCCCAUUAUAUACUUAGAUAAUUUAACUUUUUUCAGUUGAUAAUUAACCCUUUCAGUGCGGGAACCGAAUUUAAAAGGCCUUUGCAAACAGUUUGGAUCCAGAUGAGACGCUACAGAACGUGGCGUCUCAUAUGGAUCCAAACUGUUUGCUAUUCUGAUAGUAUUCUUUGAAAAAAAAUGAAGAAAAUGCUUAUUUUACAAAUUCAGCAGACGACAUUUUAGCAGACGACAAAUUUCCCAGCAUGCAAAGGGUUACUGUAAGUUUAUCCUAAAUCGUUGUGUUGCUUUAUAAAUGAUUUAUGUUUAACUCAUUAAAAUCUUUGUUGACGUGUACUUAUUGAUGGCAAAAAUGAUGACUUAUUUACACCACCCGCCAAUGUUGAACGUGUAAUACAUCUACAAGUUGUGAUCGAACAGUUCUUAAUCUCAAAGAUGUUGAAAAUCACACGUUUAUUUAGCGGGUUUCUAAAAAAAAAUUGAAUGGUGAUUAUACCAUCAUCAUGAAAAUCAAUAUGGCAUCAAAAUACUGUUUGUGUUUGGUAUUUUCAAUAUUAAAGGCUUGAUUGGUCUUUGUCGGCUAGGGUACUAUUUGCAUGUACCCCGGAUACUCUUAAGUUUCCAGAUGAUAACUCAAGAAUUCUUACGGCUAGGAUCAUUAAACUUAAAAGUUACAUUGAUCAUGACUGCCAGAUGACCCCUAUAGAUUUUUAGAUCACUAGGUCAAAGUUCAAGGUCACAGUGACUCGAAGCAGUAAAUUGUUUCCCAGAUGAUAACGCACGAAUGCUUAGGGUUAGGAAAGUUCAUGGGGAUAUUGGUCAUGACCGACAGAUGACGCCUAUUGAUUUUCAGGACUCUAGGUCAAAGUUGAAGGUCACAGGUAUUAUAACGUAUUCACAAAAUAGGUAUGAAAAUCGUUUCAGAUCAAUAACUCGUCAAAGAAUUGACCGAUUGGCUUGAUACUGAACAUUUGCAUUGGCCUUGGUAUGAUGCUCUGUUAAAGGUUUUUAGCUACUGUUAUAAACUGUUAUAUAUAGUUUAAUCUCUAAUUUAACAAUGGAAUUUUUUAGUAUUUGUAUAGACAUUUUUAGCAUAAUAAUGUGUACGGUUUUUGAUAACAGUUCCAAUUACACUUGUAUUCAAUAAAUAAAACAGAAGAACAUUCA